CUUGUCUUCCCGCUGCAGCCCGAGAGAAAAAAAAAAAGAAAGGGAACCCAGCCAGCCUUUGAGAAAUUAGUGAGAAAGCUUGGAGAUUUCUCCUUCCUUCUUGCUCUAGAACACACCUAGAACCCAAAAAUCUUCCUUCCCCUGCUGGAAAAGCCGGAUCUGCCUUGCUCUGCUUCUUCACCGCCGGCUGCUCUUGCCUUGUGGGGGCGAAUUGGCUUGGGUUUUUGAAUUUUCCUUCCAUGCCGCCGGCUCUUCCCCAAAUUGCAGCUCCGGCCUUGCUUGCUGGAUUCUGGUAUGUGGCAGCCUUUUAAGGCUUAAAUUAUCCAUUUUGUUUGCUGCCUUGUGUGUCCGUGAAUUGCUAGAAAAUUGGGGAUAAUUCCGGUAACUUUAGGACCAUGAUUAAGCACUAAUUCAAGUGGGAUUUAUGUGAUUUAGUGUUAAUUGCUUGUUGUGAUUUUUGGAGAGAAAAUCCCGUGAGAUUAGCUAGUGUUUUGGCCAAUUUGUGAAAGUUGGGGUUACUGUUCACGUCGGGUACUGUUCACCGACACUGUUCACACCCCGAGGGCCAACAUUUAACGGGGAUUUAAGUGAUUAGUUUGUGAUAUAAAAACGAAUUUGGAGAUAUUUGAUCAUGUGGAGAUUGAUAGAAAUAGCAUUGUGAUUAGGAGUGAUCUUAAUGAUGAUUUCAGUUUGAAUGUGUGAUAGUCCGAUAUUAAUUCUGAGGUGUUUUGAUUAGGUUCCCGAUCGUUCUGUCAGUUAGUGCGUGAAUUGAGUGCUCGGUUUUAUGCGAGUGAGGAAAUGAAACCAAGGACGGGGAAACCACGGGAAGUGACGAGUUAGAAGGCUAGCCACUUGUAAAUUGAGCAUAGCUUUAGAUAAAUCAUGAUCUUGUAAGCUAGAGUGUGCUUGGAGAUUUUAUGAUAUCAGAGUAAAUUUUAAAGAUUUGAUCUUCAGAUAUUGAUGGUAUCAGAGUGUGAUAUGAUAAGUUCCGAGCCUUGUGCAUUUGUGGGACCCGUCUCACGAGUGCACGGCGUCUGUCGCGUCUCGAAAUUGGGUUUUGGGGCGUGACAAAGGUUUUGGGGUGGUGGGAGAUUCAGAGUGUUUUACCAAAUGAUAUGGGUCGUUUGGGGGAGUCAGUGGUAUUUGGUAUAAGUGGAGGAGUUUUGAGGGAUUUAGGGGCUCUCAUGUUUCUCGUUACGGCUUGGUUUAUUUGGUAUUGGAGGAAUAUGUAUGUGUUUAGGACAGAGGUGAUAACUGAAGGGCAAUUAUUUGAGUUUAUUCAAGCAAAAUCUUUUUUAUGGCUCAAAAACAAGGAACCAGGGUGUGUGUUUUCGUAUACGGAUUGGAUGUUAAGGCCAAGGGAGUGCAGGGACGCUAUUGUGCAACAUCGCAAGAAUCUAAAGAGUGCUAAGAAACUGCAACGGGAAGCAGUCUGGAAGAGUGCUGAUCAGGAAGGGUAAAGCUCGUUCCAAUGUGCAUUUUGGUGGUUUGUUACUGUGGGAUUUUGGGUGUUGGAAGCUUGACUAAGCUGCAGAUGCAAUUGAAUGCUGUUUUUAUGCUUCUUUGUUUAGAUAUUGAUGAGUGCAAAGAACCAAACAAGUAUCUUUGCCACGGACCUUGCCGGAAUACCAUCGGAUCCUACAUUUGCGAAAAUGAAACAAACAAAACGAACAAAACAAACUGGCUUUUCAUUUUGGGUAAGCCCUUUAUUCUAUUGACUUCUAUUUAUUUUUAUUUCAUUUCAUUUUGAUUUUUCUUUCCAAUGGCAACUAUUUUAACCAAACAUUGAUACCAAUGUGAAACAGG